AGAUAACUUCUUUUAGUCGAAAAAAACCGUUGAGCGAGUUGGACGCGUUUUCAGUGCGAGGCUAUGUCGGUCGGUGUUUUAUACGUUUCUUGUCGGUGAAAAAUAAGAAUUAAAACAAAAACUUAAGUGCAGGAAUAUAGUGUAAAAUUUUUAAUCUGUGAAGUGCAAAUUGCAGUUUAAUUCAAAGAAGAAACGUUCUAACGACCGUGAAAUACGACAACAGAACGAGCGCGACGCUGGCAGCAACUGUGUUUUAUAGCCGUAACUGUAAAAACGCGGCUAAGCCGCUGACUUUCAAUCAUAAAUUAAAACGACGCUGAAUAUUCCAACUAAUUAAAAUUAAAGGUGCAGGCAGCUUGAACAAUGUGCAGACAGUUGCUGGCUAAACACGCUGGCAGGACAACAGACGCAAGGAUAAUCAACAGCAACAGCAAGGCUAAGCUCUAACAACAACAACAAACAUUGGCAGCAGCAACAACUUUUUAUAAUGCAUUUUUGAAAGCAAAAGAAACAAAAAGAAAAAAAAAAACAAUUAAGGCAAUGCCCUCCAUGAAACUUUUAAUGCAAGCAGCUUAAGAGGCAGCAUACACAAACACUCACACACACACACACACACACACACACACGUUUGCACAGCUACAUACACAAACACACACAACUUGACUGAUAGCUUAAAAAUACUAAGAACAACUACAAAAAAAAAAAUAAAUAAAAUAAAAAACAGUAGCAGCAGCGGAACAAAAAACAAAAACAAACCAAAACAAUAAAAAAAAAGGAUAAAACAAAACAUUUUUUAAUAUUAUAACUAAGUAAAACUCUAGCAAAAACACAUAAUAUGCCAAAUAUGCAAAGCCGCUGCAGCUGCUGCUAAACACCAGCUAAAUACAACAACUCGAAGCCAACAAGCAGCAGCAGCAACAACAACAACAAGCAGCAGGAGCAGCAGCAGCAGCAGCAACACACUUGACGACAGCUGCAACAUGGGCAACAAAUGCUGCAGCAAACGUCAGGAUCAGGAAUUGGCCUUGGCCUAUCCCACGGGCGGCUAUAAGAAAUCCGACUACACCUUCGGCCAGACGCACAUCAACAACAGCAGCGGCGGUGGCCCCGGCGGCGGAGUGGUGGCCGCCCUCGGCCAGAAGCACAACAAUGGCGGCUCACUGGACUCGCGCUAUACGCCGGAUCCGAAUCGCGGACCACUGAAGAUCGGCGCCAAGGGCGGCGUUGACAUCAUACGAACGCGCACCACACCAACUGCUGGUGUGCCUGGCGGUCUGCCCAAGCGACGCGUCGUCGUUGCCCUCUACGAUUACAAAUCUCGCGAUGAAUCUGACUUGAGCUUCACCAAAGGCGACCGCAUGGAGGUUGUCGAUGACACCGAAUCGGAUUGGUGGCGCGUCGUUAAUCUGAGCACACGUCAACAGGGUCUCAUACCGCUCAACUUUGUGGCCGAGGAGCGCAGCGUCAACAGCGAAGACUGGUUCUUUGAGAACGUGCUGCGCAAGGAGGCGGACAAGCUGCUGCUGGCCGAAGAGAAUCCGCGCGGCACCUUUCUCGUGCGCCCCUCCGAGCACAAUCCGAACGGCUACUCGCUGUCGGUGAAGGACUGGGAGGACGGACGCGGCUAUCAUGUGAAACACUAUCGCAUUAAGCCGCUGGACAAUGGCGGCUUUUACAUCGCCACAAAUCAAACUUUUGCCUCGCUCCAAGCGCUUGUCAUGGCCUACAGCAAAAACGCUUUGGGUCUGUGCCACAUUUUGUCGCGUCCCUGCCCCAAGCCACAGCCACAGAUGUGGGAUCUGGGACCGGAGCUGCGCGACAAAUAUGAAAUACCACGCUCGGAGAUCCAGCUGAUACGCAAGCUGGGCCGCGGCAACUUUGGUGAAGUCUUCUAUGGCAAGUGGCGCAACAGCAUCGAUGUGGCCGUUAAAACACUGCGCGAGGGCACAAUGUCCACAGCUGCAUUCCUGCAGGAGGCGGCCAUAAUGAAAAAGUUUCGACACAAUCGACUGGUGGCUCUCUAUGCCGUCUGCUCACAGGAGGAGCCCAUUUACAUAGUGCAGGAGUACAUGUCGAAUGGCAGCCUGUUGGACUUUCUGCGCGAGGGCGAGGGUCGCUAUUUGCAUUUCGAGGAUCUCAUCUAUAUUGCCACCCAGGUGGCCAGCGGCAUGGAGUAUCUGGAGUCCAAGCUGCUCAUCCAUCGCGAUCUGGCGGCACGCAAUGUGCUCAUCGGCGAGAAUAAUGUGGCAAAGAUUUGUGAUUUUGGCCUGGCGCGCGUCAUAGCCGACGAUGAAUACUGCCCCAAGCAGGGCUCACGUUUCCCCGUCAAAUGGACAGCGCCCGAGGCGAUUAUCUAUGGCAAGUUCAGCAUCAAGUCGGACGUCUGGUCGUAUGGCAUAUUGUUGAUGGAGCUGUUCACGUACGGACAGGUGCCCUAUCCGGGCAUGCACAGUAGAGAGGUGAUCGAGAAUAUUGAGCGCGGCUUCCGUAUGCCAAAGCCAACCGCACACUAUUUCCCCGAUAAUAUCUAUCAUCUGUUGCUGCAAUGCUGGGACGCGGUGCCCGAGAAGCGGCCAACGUUCGAGUUCUUGAAUCAUUAUUUCGAAUCGUUUUCGGUAACAUCCGAGGUGCCGUAUCGGGAGGUGCAGGAUUAAGCAGCAACAGUCACAUCACACACACACACCCACACAUCUAUAAAUAUAUAUAUAUUAAACGUUAUUCA